GGCCGGGCUGGUGGGGCGCAGGCCCGGGGACCCCCAAAUCCUGAAAUUUACCGGUCCUUCCCGCCGUCCCGCUCCAGGCCGCGCACCUUUCACGGCAGGUUUUGAUUCCCACCAUGGCCAUCACUCAGUUUCGGCUAUUUAAAGUUUGUACCUGCUUAGCAACAGUAUUCUCAUUCCUAAAGAGAUUAAUAUGCAGGUCUGGCAGAGGAAGAAAAUUAAGUGGAGACCAAAUAACUUUGCCAACUACAGUUGAUUAUUCUUCAGUUCCAAAGCAGACAGAUGUAGAGGAGUGGACCUCCUGGGAUGAAGAUGCACCCACAAGUGUAAAGAUUGAAGGAAGGAAUGGAAAUGUGGCAUCACAACAAAAUGCUUUGGAACAACUGGAACCUGACUAUUUUAAGGACAUGACACCAACUAUAAGGAAAACUCAGAAAAUUGUUAUUAAGAAGAGAGAACCGUUAAAUUUUGGCAUCCCAGAUGGUAGCACAGGUUUCUCCAGUAGACUAGCAGCUACACAAGAUAUGCCUUUUAUUCAUCAGUCGUCUGAAUUGGGUGACUUAGACACUUGGCAAGAAAAUACUAAUGCAUGGGAAGAGGAGGAAGAUGCAGCCUGGCAAGCAGAAGAACUUCUGAGGCAGCAAAAAAUAGCAGACAGAGAAAAGAGAGCAGCAGAACAACAAAGGAAGAAAAUGGAAAAGGAAGCACAGAGACUAAUGAAGAAGGAACAGAACAAAAUUGGUGUGAAACUUUCAUAACAAAUACUCUUCAAAUGUCAUUGUGCAAGUAAGAGAAAUCUGAGCUCCACAGCCCAUACAACAUUUGUAUGGAUUUAAGAGUAUUUAUGGAAUACAAAUACACUACUUGAUUUUAGUGCAUUCAUCAGGCCAUUCAGGAGACCAAGAUUCUCCCAAAGUACUUGGAACUCUUAGUGAUUGAGACUCAAAAGGACAGAACAGAUGUACGCAACUAUUUUCUUCAACAUUCUCCAGACAUACAACAUUGUUUGCUGUAGAAAAAUUAUUACAAAUGGAAUAUACCAGUACCUCUCAAGCUAGUGUUUCUAGCUAAAUAAAUGGGUGUAAAUAAUUUUAUGGUGGAAAAGAACUCUGCUAUCUAUUAUGUUUUCCUUCAAUGUGUAUAAUUAUAAAAUAAAUAAUUCUGCUAUU